AUGGCAGCGUCGUCUUCACUGCCCGAUCUGCCACCCAAUUACCUCAAGGCCCUCGAGCUGAUCGACGAGGCCCACAAGCAAGAUCCCAGGCCAUCGUCCGUUGAGUCGGUUCCUUUUGAGCUUCACUAUGCCCAGAAGAUGACGCGCUGGCUCGCCGUCAGGUCUCCGGCGGCCCCUCCGGUCCUACAACUGGCCUGCCGAGCCCAACAUUUCAGGAGAUGGGAAAUCCCCCGCAACACAUACCCAAUGACCCGUCCGGGCUACCUCACCUGGCGCGCGAAGCUCAAGUCCCAAGCCGCCGCUCAGGUGGCUGAGCUCCUCGCCUCAUCGCCCGGCAUCCAGCCCGCCAUCCCCCAGGAGGACGUCGACCGCGUGGCGGCACUUAUCCGCAAGGAGAACCUCAGCAAGGACGAGGAGACGCAGGUGCUUGAAGACGUGGCAUGCCUCGUCUUCCUCGACGAUCAUUUUGACGACUUCGAGAGCAAAGAGGAGGUUGACGAGGAUAAGAUUAUUGGCAUCCUGCGCAAGACGUGGGCCAAGAUGAGCGAGGAGGGGCACGCGCUGGCGUUGAAGAUGAAUCACAGCGAAAGGGCAUUGAGGAAAACCGGGGAGGACGGCACGCUGCAGCCCCACCAUCCCGAGGGAUCCUCUCGGCGCAAUACCGCCCGAAAUCGACUACCCCCUUCGGUCCCGGGACAUGUCAGACUACGCCUUGGCGCCCGGCCCGCGACGACAUACAAAGACGGUGAUGCAAGUCUUCACCUCUCAACAUCAUCCCUCUCUCUGACGCCAUUCUUCUACCCAUCUCACCUAUACUCCUAUGAUAAGAACAUGCCCCCUCUUACACUGACGCCGGCCGAGGUAUCAAAACACAACCGCCUCGACGACCUCUGGCUCGCAAUCGACGGCGCCGUCUACGACUUCACAGACUUUGUUCGCGAACACCCGGGCGGCAUCGCCGUGAUUCUCAAGUGCGCAGGCAAAGACGCCACAGAAGUCUACUCUGAAGUCCACGGGCCCAACCUGGUCAAGUCGACCAUUCCCACCUCGCACCACAAGGGCGUCCUACCCCUGGGAGCCAUCAUGGCGAAACCUCAACCUCACAAGUGGCCGCAGCAGCAGCAGCAGCAUCGAGAUCCAUCCCAAAAACAAGACAGCCAAACACCACCAACACCACCAACCAUGCCCUCAAAGCCUCCCCUCACAACCCUCAUCAGCGCCCACGACUUCGAAUCCGCAGCCUCCACCUCCUUCUCCCCCAAAGCCUGGGCCUUCGUCUCCUCCGCCGCAACAGACCUCUUCACAAAAACCCGCAACGCGACCCUCUACUCCCAAAUCACCCUCCGCCCCCGCGUCCUCGUCGACGUCGCCGCCGUCUCCACCGCCACAACCAUGCUCUCCCACCCGAUGCGUGCCCCCAUCUUCUGCCCGCCCACCGCAAUGGCCCGCCUCGUCCACCCCGAAGGCGAAAAGGAACUCGGCCGCGCCUGCAAAUCCGCCGGCGUCCCGCAGUGCGUCUCCGUCUCCGCCUCGUUUCCGCUCGAGGACAUCCUCGCCGCCCAGCGCGAGCACAAACCCGCAACUCCCUACGACGUCCCCGUCUUCUUCCAGCUCUACGUCGACAAGAACCGCGCCAACUCGGAACGCCUGCUGCGCUCCGCCCAGGCACAGGGCGUGAAAGCCCUCUUCCUCACAAUCGACGCCCCGAUCCCCGGAAAACGUGAGGCUGACGAGCGCGUGGCCUCCGACGAGUCCCUGGGCUCCCCCAUCUCCGGCGCCCGCGCCGUCAACGACGCCAAGGGUGGCGCCCUCGGCCGCAUCAUGGGCAGAUACAUCGACGCCUCGGUGAGCUGGUCCGACAUUGCCUGGCUGCGCCGCACCGUCCCGGGUCUCCCCAUCGUCCUCAAGGGCGUGCAGACGUGGAUGGACGCCGAGCGGGCCGUCGAGGCCGGUGUCGAGGCCAUUGUCCUCUCCAACCACGGCGGGCGGAGCCUCGAUACCUCCCCUGCGACCAUCAUGGUGCUGCUGGAGCUGCAGAAGAAUUGCCCGCACGUGUUUGACAGGGUCGAGGUGUACGUGGACGGCGGCAUCUCGCGUGGGACGGAUAUCUUCAAGGCCUUGUGUCUUGGUGCCAAGGCCGUGGGUGUUGGGAGGGGUUUGUUAUAUGGGCUUAAUUAUGGUGCUGAGGGCGUGGAGCGAUACAUUGAGAUCCUGCGAGACGAACUGGAAACGACGAUGAAAAUGUGCGGUGUCACAGACCUAAACCAAGUCCACCCAGGUUUCCUCAAUACCUUGGCCGUGGACCACCUCAUCCCGGGACGACAUGAUAACCCAAAUACACCCUGGCGCCGUGAUCUACACAGCAAGCUGUAG